AUUUAAAUAACUGCGAGUGAGCUUCAUAUAGAAUCCUAUAUUGCCGAAAAACCAAACACGAAUUGCAGAUGGCCAACACAGGCCUAGCUGUAUCAUCACAGGCAUCUUCGCCUGGCCAGCAACAUUGCAAGAUACAUUUGUUAUCUGAUGUAAAUUCUUCAGGUGUUUCUGGAUGUGAUUCGACCUCAACGUCUUCAGCACUGACUUUAGCGCCAAGACAAUUGCACUCACAUUCGACUGCACUAGAGCAAUACCGCCUACAUCUUUACAAUUAUGCUCUUAACCUUGAGCGUUUGCGUUGCCCUCAAUAUGGCUCUGGAACAACGACAGGUAGUGGGGCAAGUUUAGGAGUAAAUUCGACGACAACAAUGCCACCUUGGUUGCAUACAUAUACGCCUGCACUGCACUGUGGGCAAAGAUUGGCAACGCUUUCAACAAUCUCGCUGUUCCCACAGUCGCAGCGAAUAUUUCAACCCGAGGAACCGAAACCACAACACAGUUACAUUGGGUUAAUUGCCAUGGCAAUUUUAAGCUCUACAGAUAUUAAGCUUGUCCUUUCGGAUAUUUAUCAAUACAUUUUGGAUAACUAUCCAUAUUUUCGAACUCGCGGACCUGGUUGGCGCAAUUCCAUACGCCAUAACUUAUCUCUGAACGAUUGCUUCAUUAAAUCUGGACGCAGUGCGAACGGUAAAGGUCACUACUGGGCCAUCCACCCAGCUAACAUGGACGACUUUCGCAAAGGUGACUUUCGGCGUCGUAAAGCUCAGCGUAAGGUUCGCAAGCAUAUGGGGCUAUCUGUUGACGAUACUAGCACGGAUUCUCCAAGUCCACCGCCAUUGGAUUUAACUGCUCCACCUCCACUAGGUACAGCACAAGCAUCUUUGCAGCUGGCAGCCCUCAACUAUCCAUAUAAUCAGCACUAUAUUGGACAGUUCUUUGGACGCAAUAGUCAACCACAGUACACCACAACGACUACAGCUCUGCAGCGACAACAAAUUCACAUUCAGCAACAUCCCGAUUCAAAUAUAUUCAAUACGUUGGAUCCCAUUUCAUAUCAACAGCAGAAACAGCAACAACAUCAGCAUAUAGCCUAUAUAAACUCGACGACGACAACAACAAUUGCAAAUUUGUAUUCCCAAACACAACGCAAGCGUCAGUUUGAUGUUGCCUCUUUGCUCGCACCCGAUGUGCAAAUUGUUGAUAUUGUUAAGGAUGAGCGGGAGAGAGCAUCGACGACACAAACGCAGCACACUGUCAUAACUAAGUUGCAGGUGCAAAAUCAACAAACGAUUCAUCAUCAUCAUCAAGAAUUGGUGGUGGACCAACCAUCAAACUCAAGUGACAAGCCCAAUCUGUCCUUGGAUGCCGAUAUCGAUGCUGAUAUUGAUGUAGAUGGUGACGGUGAAUGUGAUGGUAAUCGAGAUAAAGAUCGAGGCGAAGUACAAAAUGCAUUAAUGCACCCUAAUGAUCAUAAUUUAAGCAGUCAUGAAGCUAUUGAAAUGCUUUCGGUUCCAGAUGACAAUAACUCCGAUAUUAGUGAUGCUAGACGAUCAUCACCUUUUGAUGCAGAUGAUCUAGAACCAGAGUCUCACAAUUUUGCAACCUCUAUUUCGCCAACGUUAGGUGGUGGUAGAAGCUCAAUAGCUAGCAGUAGCCAAAAUGACUCGAAUUCACUUGAAGAAUGCAUUACCGUUUCAACUCCAGGCUCUGCAUCCGUCCCUACAUCGAUUUCACAUCACCUAUCAACUCCUCUGGGAAUGCCAUCAUGCCAUCAUGUUGUCGAUCCACACAUAUUGAGCAGAUAUUAUGGUACAUAUAUGGCAGCUGCGGCGCAUCGAGCUAGCAUCGAAGCCUCCAGAGCACAAUCAAAAUCAUUAGCAACACUCCCGCCGCCAACCGAACUGUUACCUAACAAAUUGUAAUUCAAAUAAUAUGGAAUCUGUGUUGGCA